CUGGCAACCAUACAGCAUGUUCCUCCCAUGGUUUGUCACUCAGCAUUUCAGCUGUUAAUGUGGAAUUACCUUCUCCUCAGUUCUACCGAACAAUCCAGAUAAGAAAAUUUCAGCCCUAUGACUUUCCUCAGUGUGGUGAAUUCCAGUUAUCAACAAUGGUAUCUGAGACUCUCACAGUCUUCAAUCUGAAUGGCAAGCAGUUAACUGAGAUACCAGAAUAUGUCCUCAAAUCUGCAGAUUUAAAGUGUUUGCAGCUCAACAACAACUCGAUCAAGGAGCUACCACAAGAUUUACAAUGUCUCCUAAAAUUAGAGAUAUUGUCUAUGGAUGGAAACUUGCUAAAAUGUCUACCUCCAGAAAUAGGUCAUCUAUCCCAACUUCAAGCCAUAAACCUAAGCAAUAACCUAAUAACACAUCUACCAGAUGACUUCUCAAGCUUUCAGCACAUCAGACAGCUCUUUGUCUCUCAUAAUCAUCUCACAAAAGUGCCUUUAUGCAUUGGAAAACUGACAACAUUGCAGAUUCUGGGGCUGAGUGGUAACCAACUGAAGUCAUUACCAGAUACAGUGGCCAACCUCAAGAACCUGCAUGUGCUGAACCUAGAAGGCAAUCAGAUCUCCACGUUACCCAAAUGUAUUUUCAGACUCCCUCAAUUAGUUAAGCUUUGCCUAUGUGGUAACCAGAUAAAAAAUUUGCCAAAAGAAAUUGGAGAUCUAAGGAACCUCCGAGAACUCUUGAUAAGCAAGAAUCAGAUUGCAUUCUUGCCAAUACAGCUGUAUAAAUUGACCAAUCUAGAAGAACUGAUCAUUAAUGACAACCAACUAACUAAAUUAUCAGACAAGAUUGAGCAGCUACAACAACUAAAAGUUCUUUCCAUUGCCAAUAAUUUAUUUCAGAUUAUCAGCGAUAAACUGUGUGGCUGUCAAUGUAUAAAGACUUUAAUCCUGACAGGAAAUCAAUUGUGUUCCCUUCCUGAAAAGAUCCACAAGUUAACCAACUUAAUGGAGCUUCAUGUUGACCGCAAUAUGUUGGCGCUUCUACCAGAACAACUGGCGCAUUUGAAGCAUUUGUCGGUGAUGGCCUGUGGAGACAAUCAUCUGCUUUAUCUCCCAAUUGAACUGAAUAACUGUUCACAGAUAACCAAAUUGGACUUGAGUGGUAACCAGUUGUCAGAAUUCCCUCAAGCUUUGUCCUCAAUGUUUGAUCUGCUACAUUUAAACCUCAAUCAUAAUGAAAUUCAAGAAAUUCCACAAAGCAUCAUUUACAACUCUAAGCUUAAAUUCUUAGAGAUCAGUGGAAAUAAAUUACAGGAGUUCUCUGGCUAUAUUUGUACACUUCACAAUCUCAUUUACUUGGAUCUUGGCAACAACGAUCUUCGAGGCGUCCCAACAAAUGUGGCUGACAUGGUAUCCUUGUGUGAUCUUCUUCUUCAUUGUAAUAAGCUGACAAGAUUUCCUUCUGAAUUGUGUACUUUACAAAGCCUUCAGAGACUCAACCUGUCAGGAAAUCAGAUUCAAUCUUUACCUGUGCAGAUCAGUCAGUUAGAGUCACUUAAGGAGCUGGACCUUUCCAACAAUAAUUUCAAGGCUUUCCCAAGAGAAGUGUUCCAUGUUUUGUCCCUGGAAACUCUACAUAUCAGGGAUGGCAGUGGCAUCAAGAUUACAGAACUACCAGAAGAGUUAUGUACAAUGCAUAAUCUCAAGAACCUGGAUAUUUCUGACAAUGCCAUAAGAACUAUUCCAGAAAGCAUUGGAAGAAUGAACCAUCUUGUCAAUAUUACAGUUUGCAAUAACCAGCUCUCCUGUCUCCCUGCAUCUUUUUCUGCCAUAGAAGGACUCCAGUACAUCAACCUAAAUGGUAACAAGCUGACAUCAUUGCCUGGUGACAUCUAUCGUAUGAAGAAUCUAAAAGAGAUCAGCAUUGAUGGCAAUCCCAUGGUGAAACCUCCUUGUCUUGUGUGUGAAGGAAAAGAACUGUAUCCCAUUGGGCGUUAUUUACAGGCAGCUUACCUGGCAGAAGACAGAAUCAUGCAGAAGAUCUUCAAAUUAGUCUCUCGUAAUGUGCUCAUAGAAGAUUUUGCAUUUUUCUGCAAUAAACUUCAGCUUAAUGACGAAGACAUUAAAGUUAUAGUGAAAAACCGAUCUCUGCAGUUUCCAGAGAAAAUUUUCCAAGUGUUGAACCUAUGGAGGGUACAGAGAAAGGCCGAUUUAAGUCCUGUUGCCAUCAUGGAGCAGCUGAUUCGAGUGCUGGUGAUGGCAGACCUACAUGAAGUGGCCCUAAAAGCCACGAUGUUAAAACUCUCAGAAAAAGCAAUAAAAAUCUGA